UAAUCGGCUAUGGGGCAGGAGCUGUGUUCAAAUGCUCUCCACCCAGGAUGCAGCUGCUACCGCUCAGAGGGAAGAGAUGCUCACAGCUGCCGGAGGAGCCAGCCUAUGCCAGGAGAUUCUGCAUUAGAGCUAACAGACCUAAGAGAAGCAUCACGCUCCAUGACUUCACUGCAUCCCAAGGGAUCACAUGCAUCCCAGGCCCGGAAGUUUAGGAGUAAAAGGCCAAGGAGCAACAGCGAUUCUUUCCAAGAAAAAGACCUUGAACAAGGUUUUCCAUGGAGGAAGAACCUUCCUUUUGGAGCUGCCUCAUCAUACUUGAAUUUGGAAAAGCUAGGUGAAGGCACUUAUGCCACAGUCUACAAGGGAAUCAGCCGAAUAAAUGGUCAACUCGUGGCUUUAAAAGUCAUCAGCAUGAAUACAGAAGAAGGGGUACCUUUCACAGCCAUUCGAGAAGCCUCCCUCCUGAAGGGUUUGAAGCAUGCCAAUAUUGUGCUCCUGCAUGACAUUAUCCACACCAAAGAGACCCUGACUUUUGUUUUUGAAUACAUGCAUACUGACCUGGCCCAGUAUAUGUCUCAACAUCCAGGAGGUCUUCAUCCUCACAAUGUCAGGCUCUUCAUGUUUCAACUUUUGCGGGGCCUGGCUUAUAUCCACCAUCAACACAUUCUUCACCGGGAUCUGAAACCUCAGAACUUACUCAUCAGUUAUCUUGGAGAACUCAAAUUAGCUGAUUUUGGUCUUGCUCGGGCUAAGUCAAUCCCCAGUCAGACAUAUUCUUCGGAAGUGGUGACGCUGUGGUAUCGUCCUCCAGAUGCAUUGCUAGGAGCCACGGAAUACUCCUCUGAUUUGGAUAUCUGGGGAGCAGGCUGCAUAUUUAUUGAAAUGCUCCAGGGCCAGCCUUUAUUUCCUGGAGUUUCUGAUAUCAUUGAACAACUAGAGAAGAUCUGGGCGGUAUUGGGGGUCCCUACUGAGGAUACUUGGCCUGGAGUUUCCAAGCUGCCCAACUACAACCCAGAGUGGUUCCUGCUGAGUAAGCCCCAGAGCCUUCAGAUCAUCUGGAACAGGUUGGGCAGGAUACCAGGAGCUGAAGACCUGGCCUCUCAAAUGCUCAGAGGUUUCCCACGAGAUCGGGUCUCGGCCCAAGAAGCUCUUGCCCAUGAUUAUUUCAGUACACUACCAGCUGAGCUCUACCAGCUUCCAGAUGUGGAGUCUUUGUUUACAGUUCCAGGAGUGAGACUAAAACCAGAAAUCUGCAACCUCUUUGCACCCUACCAGAGAAGUCAUCACACAGCUCGAUUUGGCAAGUGUUGGUGAGAAGAGAGUAAAGAAGAAUUAUGAAUCCUCCCAGGUACUUCCAACAAAGUUGAAGAGGAUGCCUCUCACUGGGGUUACAGUUGUUGCAAAGAGAGAUUCCCCAGUGUCACAAAGGCUAUUUGGAGGGUCUCUGUAGGAACUUGUCUUCUUGGAGGUGUUCCCCCAUGCUACCCCCCAGAACCACCCUGUCUUUCAGAAGUGAUGAUGACGAUGACAAAAAUGCCGGUGUGGGGAGGCUUACUCUUAAGUGUUCAUUGCCCUUUGGGGCUGGGAUAUAUUUCUUGAAGUCUCAGGGGGCCUGGUAGAAGGGAUAUUUUCUUGGUGCCUACUGGAUUAUGCUAAAUCCCCCAAAGUCACAGCAGGCUGGGAUCUUCUUUGAAAACACACAAAUCCCAGCUUUCUUGAAGGCACAGUUCAGGUAUCACCUUCUACAGAUGAGCUCCCUAAUGCUAACCCUCUCCCCUGCCAAAUCACUUUAUAUUGAC